CUUCUAAUCCUCACACAAAUCUCUCUCUUUCUCUCUCUCUCUCUCUCUCUCUCUCUCUCUCUCUCUCUCUCUCUCUCUCUCUCUCUACACAACCAUGCAUUCACCAACAUAUGGAUCCGACCUAACAACACAACCAAACACAACCUUUGUACAAGCAGACCCAUCAAAUUUCCGACAAGUUGUUCAAAAACUAACCGGAGCAUCACAAGACCCAUCAGCCCAAAAACUCCCACUAACACUCCCAUCUCGUCUAACAGCCCAAGCCCAAGCCCAAGCCCACCGUCCUCUACCAACAACCACCAUGGAACCACCAAUGGGCUUAAAAAAACCCAACUUCAAACUCCACGAACGCCGUUCUAAAAAACUCCAACUCAACGUGUCGGAAAAUCCCAUGAUGUUCCAAAACAACAACAACAAUAACAACAUGCGAAGUGUUGUUAUGGCUUCACCAGUUUCACCAUUGGAAUAUUACUAUAGCCCAAAAUCACCACAUGAAAAUGAAGAAAAAGAAGAAGAAAAAGUUAUAGCUGAAAAAGGUUUCUAUUUGCACCCCUCUCCUAGAGCUUCUCAGCAACAACCACCUGCACUUUUACCUCUUUUUCCUUUGCAUUCUCCUUCCUCUCAAUCUCAUUCUUAAUUAAUAUAAAUAAUUAAUGUUGUAUUUUUUUUUUGGGAGUUGAUUGUAUUUUUUUUAAUUUUAUUUUUGCAAUUAUAAUUAAUUAACUACUAAUUAUUUUAUUUUGCUAGAUUGAUUUUUUUCUUUAAUUAGAGAUGUACUUUUAUUAUGUAUUGCGUGUGUCAGUCAGUGUGUGUAGCUGUACUGUGAAUAAAUACUGUUCUGUUGAUUCUACGUUGACGAGUUUGGUUUUUCUCA